UAGAAAUAGAAUAUUAUCUCAUUCCAAACGAGUUAUUACUUGAUAACUUAUCAAAACUGUCAGCCUUGACGAUACCAUAAAAAUACCAUAUUGUACCACAGUUUCGGGCGAAUAACAUUUUUUAAAUUCAUGGAUUUCGUUCAUAGACGUUAAAGAUAUACGUAGAAAGAUCUAUAAUGAUAUUUUAAUGUUAAUGACUUCGUUACUCGAAUAAUGAGAAUAGCAGACUGUACGAUAACGGCUAUAGUUCAAUAUCGUAAUGAACCAUUCUUCCAUUGCCGAAUACCAAUAACGUUCGUAUCAGUAAAAUAAUAAUGUAAUACGGUACCUAUACCUAUGUGGCUAAGUUAGUAACUACUCUGGCUUUACGUACAAACAUAACGGGAAAUUAAUAAUUACCUAUCAUAUUUCCUUAGACUGCAGUGAUCUUCCCGAUAGGUGUUUACUUCUAUCCUCCCCGAAACGGUGAAACAAAUGUUGAAUUGUUAAUCGUUUUAUGGCCGUUGUUGAACACUCAAAAUCAAUAUUCUAUGUUGUACUGCGAGUAACGACAAGACAUUAUUUUUCCUUUACCAAAUAUUACCAAAAAACGAAUAAUGACAAGAAUCCAUUUAUCUUUUCGUUUAUAUUUGAAUUUUUGACGUCAAUAUCAAACAAAUUCUAUAAAAAAUUUCAAAAUAAUGUAGUAAAACACUAGCAACUUCAUAAAAACGUAUACACAACCAAAAUGGAUUCUUUUUCUAACUCGUCGUCUUCUUAUAAUAUGUCUACAAGUUCAGAAUCAGGAAAUGAAAUUAGAAAUAAAACUACAUUUGAUACCAUUAAAGUAGACUUUGAAAAAACAUUCAAAAUGGGAUUAGAUUCAAAUUUACUUUGUCAAACUUUAAAUAAAUCUCCAAGAAACGUUAAGAAAUUGAAAAGAAAAAAAAACUUAUGCACAUCAUCAGAUAUUCUCCACGAGAAUAAAUAUUCUCACUUGUCAUAUUCAUUUAAUCCGCCAAAAACUAAUCAUAAUUUAUCUAAUUCAAAAAACGUAUCAACUAACAGUAGUACAAAAUAUAAAUGUCUAACUACUAAUACUACAAAAUCAGUGGAUUUGAAUAAAAAAUUUACUAUUGCCAUUGAAUCUUCGUCCGAUUCUGAUUUUCCGGAUUUAAAAUAUAUAAAACUGAUUUCAAAAGAUACAGAGAUUAAUACUUCUUCUAUCAGUAACGAGUCAAGACAAAGUAGACCAUAUUCUAUUAAAAAUAAACCAUUUGUUUAUGAUAGUUUAAACUGCAGCAGUUCGUCAUCAAGUCUUAGUAACUUUUCUCAGAUAAAUACUGAGUCUGCAGCAUUGAAAAAUAAAAAUAACCAUGAUACUGAAUUAAAUUUGGAUAAAUUAUUAUUAGAUUGUAGUUUGUCUGAUUUAUUAUUAAUUAGAAAAGAUGAUGGAGAUAUAGAUAGUCAAGUAUGUUCAACAUUGGAUACAAGUGAUAAUUCUUUUAUACGAAUGAAAUCAAAAUCUCCAAAACCUUUACUCUUAAAUAAUAGUUUUAGAGUUGAUGAUGACAGUCAACCACAACAAUUAUCGAACGUUACUAUUAACAUACCAGAUUUUAUGAAAAAUGAAACUGAAGAUAAACAAAAUAAAUCGAUAGAUACAAUAGAGGUUGAUGGACAACAUGAAUUAAUUAAUGAACAUUGUAAAGUUAUUAAAAAAAAAUCAUUUCUCAAUGAAGUUGAUAUAAAACCUAGCACAAGAUCUAAUUCUUAUAGAUCAAUUGAAGACAGUAUUACUAGUGCAAGUUCAGAACAUAUUUGCAAGUAUUGUAAGCGUUCUAGUAAAUCAAAAGUUGAUACUAGUAACUGCAGUCAUAAAAGUUCUAAAACGAAUUAUAAUAAAGGUAAAAAAUUGAGUAAAUCAAAAAUGAUAUCAAAUAAGUCAGACGUUUUGCGUUUAAGAAAAUCAUAUGUUACGAAAAAAUUAAGAAAUCGCAAGUCUUCUACAAAUAUAGUUGAAGAUAUUGGACUAGAAUAUGAUACAAAUAAGGAUAAUUUUAUGGUAGAAUUACCUAAUGGAACUUUAGUGCCAGAGUUUUUAUCAACAUUAAAACCUAAACAUGUAAAAAAAAUGUGUGCUUGUGGCAUAACUCCUUCGGAAAUUCCACUUACUUGGGACGAAAAAUUUCAUGACAUUCUACAUCAAAACAUCCAUAAAUUAUGGUUUAAAUGUAACAUUAUUGAACAUAAUACUAUUAAUAGUAUUCAUUUCAAACUAAAUAAUUUAUUCUAUAGAAUUUUAAUUUUAAAUAAUAAUUAUAAUGAUGAAAGUAUAAGCGAGUCCAUUGAAAAUAUAGAUGAUUUUGUAUGCUUGGAAUAUGGUAUUUUUAAACAUGGCUUACGAUCUAAUAAAAAUUCAACAUAUCUUUUAGCAAUAUUACCUAAUUUUAAGGUCAUAGGAUAUUUAGAAGUAAAGCCCAUAAAUAAAGCUUAUAGAUUUACAGAUGAUACACAACUUUUAGAAGAAACAUCGAUUGUUAAGUUUGGUGUGUCCAAGAUUUGGGUUGUAAUUAAAUACAGGAAUAAAAAUAUAGAUAUCAACUUAUUGAAUACAUUUUGUGAAAAAAAAAAUAUUCAAAAAGAGGAUUUGGCGUUUUCAUUAAAUGGAUGUCAAGGAAUCGCGUUUAUUCAAAAAUAUACGGGAAAUAAAAAUAUUUUCAUUUACAAUGAAAUUCCUGCCAAAUGUAAGAUUGAAUAA